UUUUUUAUGUUCCUCUGUUUUGUUUCGAUUGCAUCUGCAAUCGAUCUCGCAUCUUGUGCUUUGUCCCCUGUGAGCUUUAAAGAAGAACCAGAGUGUUGAAAACAAAAACCGUGGAUUUCCUGCCAUCGGAGUCGGAGGAAAUGAUCCCAGAAGCCUGCUUUUGUUAUUGUUGUUGUUUUUUUCCUACAAUAUCCAGUGGAUGAGAAUUCCCUCCUUGCUAAUUGACCGCCUGUGUCUACAGACAUGUACUUCCCUUGAAAAUCAAAUCGAUCCUGAAACUGAGGAGAGAAAGCAGAAGAAGAGCCAAUAUCCGAGGAGGACUGUAUAUCACAAGCAAGCAAUCAAGUUUUCCCUUGAGAGAAAUCCGAUCAUAAGCUAAAUCACCAUGGCUACCGAAGAUGAUAACUUCGAUAUUGACAUCUAUGGAGAUGGCGGUGGCUACAAUGCCAAUGAGCAGGGGCCCGAGGAUGAGAUGAAACAUGAUGAUACAGAACUUAUCCUAGAUGCGCCGGAACCCACACAACAACAGAAUGGGAACCCCAACCACCAAGGCGACGGCUCCUCCGACGGCACCGUCAAGCCCGACAGUGAAGGCGGCGCUCCCCAUAGUGACCCUGUAACCCAGGCGGGCUCCGCCAACCCUCAAUCCGCGGCCAAGGAGACUCCUACCCCCCAGCAGGGAACCAAGCGCAAGGAGCACGAUGAUCGCCCGACAGACCCUGAUGCUACCCCUGCUCUGCUCAUAUCGGACUUGUAUUGGUGGACCACGGACGACGACAUCCGCGGCUGGGUGUGCCAGGCCGGCUGCGAGGAUGAACUGAAGGACGUAACGUUCAGCGAACACAAAGUGAACGGUAAAAGCAAAGGACAAGCGUUCCUCGAAUUCACCACUCUCCAAGCAGCCACCGCAACGAAACACAAGAUCGAGUCAUUCAGCGCCGGCGGACAAACGCGCAAACACAUGGUCACCUACACCAGCCCGCAACCGAACCCGUUCCGCACGCUGCCCAAGGAUGCGCCAAUGCGCAAGGACAACCAGGCGCGCUCGAUGUCCGGCGGCUUCAACUCGCCCAACCCGAACAUGAACUUUGGCGGUGGUAUGAACAACAUGGGCGGCGGCGGCGGCGGUUAUCGCGGCGGACGCGGUGGAUACAACAACCGAGGUGGCAUGUCCGGCGGCAUGGGUGGUGGUAACUUUGGCGGCAACCGGAACUUCCAGAACCCCAUGGGUGGCUUCCAAGGGCCGAUGGUGGGCGGAGGCUUCCAGGGUAAUCCCAUGGGGAUGCAGAACUACGGUGGCUUCAAUAACCGCGGGGGGAUGAUGGGCGGUAUGCGCGGUGGCCCUGGCGGCAUGCGCGGUCGUGGUGGUGGCAUGGCAGGACCCAAUAUGAUGGGAAUGCCGGGGAUGAACCCGAUGGGAGGCAUGGGGAUGAAUGCGAUGCCGGGGGCGAUGAAUCCGAUGAUGGGAGGUAUGGCGGGUAAUAUGGGGAUGCAGGGACAAGGUGGAUUCCAGGGCCCCAACCCAGCCUUUAACCAGGGAUUCUUCCCUCCCAAUCAGGGCGUCGGCGAUGGAUCAUGGAACCCUCAUGGGGCCAAGCGCAGUCGCCAGGAGUGAUGCUGAUGACCCUUUACACCUCCGUUUUUCUUCUUCCCCUGUUAUCAUUUCUUUCAUUUCUCUGCUCUUCCUAUCUAUCAAUAUCUGGGUUUCAUUGCGCGGG